AUGCUUCUCGCUUACACCGUCAGACCAUCUAACUGGUCUUUUACCAGAAGAGCAUACUCUGCUACUGCCAGAGCCUUCAACCAACAAAAAGGGCUUUUGCCAUUGCCAAUCAAGGAAACUGUCGAUAUGGCAUAUGAUCUGCACUUGCCAGAAAGAUCUGUAAUUGGUAAAAUGCCAUACCACAGUCCAGAACCAAUCAUUUUCUAUCACGGUUUGCUUGGUUCUAAGCGCAAUUAUAGACAUGACUGUAAGAAGCUUGCUACCGCUUUGCAAACUCCAGUCUACACUGUCGAUAUCAGAAACCACGGAUCUUCUGAACAUGCUCUACCAUUCGAUUACAACACUUUAGUCAACGACCUAGUGCAUUUCGCAGAGACACACUCAUUGGGUAAGGUUAACCUUGUGGGUUAUUCUUUGGGUGCUAAGGUUGCCAUGCUUGCCUGUUUGAAACAUCCAGAACGUUUCAGUGCUGCUUGUAUUAUUGACAACUCUCCAGAAGAACAACCUCAUAUUAAGCCUUUGCUAACUGCCCUUGUGAAAUCUUGCGUUAAGUUGCUAGAUCACCAUAAUGUUAGAGCAGAUGACAAGCUAUGGAGACACAAAGCCUCGGAGGCAUUGAAGAAGUACAUUCCAGAUGCUGGUAUCAGAUACUAUCUAUUAAGCAACAUCAUCAACAAUCCUCGUGUGGUUGAAUACAGAUCUCCAGUUAUCAACUAUGACGACGGUAUGCUACAUUUCAAAAACCCAGUUAGACACAUGAUGGACUUCGUUACUAAAGAAGUUGCAGCUUGGCCAACUCAGGAACUCGAGGGUAAGCAAUUCUUGGGACCUGUUAACUUCAUCAAGGCUACCCGCUCUGACUUCAUCAACCCAAAGAGCUUGCAAGCAAUUAACCAAUAUUUCCCUUACCACAACAUUGACGAAAUUAAUGCAACUCAUUUCAUCUUAAACGAACGUCCUCAAGAGUACUUAAGAGCCGUUACCGAUUUCUUCAAGGUGACAAGAUAUCAAUUAGAGAAGAAGAGAGAACAAGAUCUUGCUAAGAUCGAUCAACUCAAUGCAUCUGAAUCUCUCAAAAGUGCUAGAGAUUAA